CGGAUAGCGAGCUGCGGAGGGGAGCUUUUCUGUCAGAACUGAAAUCACACCCGACCCGCUGUUUCUGCUCUUGUUUGUACGCCAGCAUCCUUGGGCCACUUAGAGAUGUCGCCUCAGCCGUGGCAACUGAGCCUAUUUAUUGAGCUAAGCUGUUGCUGACCCGGUGAGUUUGUGUUGAAUGGCUGGUGAAACACCAUAGAUGCGGCAUGAAAUGCAGCAGAGCCAUGGUGGAUGUAGGAAAGUGGCCAAUAUUUACAUUGCUUUCCCCUCAAGAAAUAGCAGCUAUCCGGAAAGCGUGUGUGUUUGGAACGUCUGCCAAUGAAGCCAUAUACAUAACCCAUGAGGAUGAGGUAUUUGUGUUUGGACUAAACUGUAGUAAUUGCCUGGGGACUGGAGAUAACCAAAGCACCAUUGUACCGAAGAAAAUCGAAAGUCUGUGCGGAAAGAAGAUUCACAGUCUCAGUUAUGGAAGCGGACCACAUGUAGUGCUAAGUACAGAAGAUGGUGAAGUUUAUGCCUGGGGGCACAAUGGAUACAGCCAGCUUGGGAAUGGGACCACCAACCAGGGCGUUGCACCUAUCCAAGUGUGUACCAACUUGCUAAUUAAGAGAAUAAUUGAAGUGGCUUGUGGUUCCCACCACAGUAUGGUCCUGUCGUCUGAUGGAGAUGUAUAUGCCUGGGGCUAUAACAACUGUGGCCAAGUUGGAUCGGGCUCUACAGCAAACCAACCAACUCCUCGCAAAGUCUCCAACUGCUUACAGACUAAAGUGGUGGUCAGCAUUGCUUGUGGUCAGACCUCUUCCAUGGCAGUAGUAGACAACGGUGAGGUAUAUGGCUGGGGAUAUAACGGCAAUGGCCAGCUAGGUCUGGGAAACAACGGCAAUCAGUUAACUCCGUGCCGAGUGGCAGCGCUUCAAGGGAUGUGCAUAAUGCAGAUUGCCUGUGGCUACGCGCACACCCUGGCGCUCACAGACGAGGGUCUGCUUUACGCCUGGGGAGCGAACACUUAUGGGCAGCUGGGGACUGGCAACAAGAACAAUCAGCUGAGCCCAGUGCAGAUCGUGAUGGAGAAGGAGAGGGUUGUAGAGAUCGCAGCCUGUCACUCGGCUCACACCUCCGCUGCCAAGACCCAGAGCGGCCAGGUGUACAUGUGGGGUCAGUGCCGGGGACAGUCCGUGGUUCUCCCGCACGUCACCCAUUUCUCAUGCACAGAUGAUGUCUUUGCCUGCUUUUCCACUCCCGCUGUAAUGUGGCGCCUUCUUUCAUUAGAACACGAGGACUUCUUAACAGUGGCGGAGUCUCUGAAGAGAGAGUUUGAUAGUCCAGAAACCUCGGAUCUGAAGUUCAGAGUUGAUGGGAAAUUCAUCUACGUGCAUAAAGCUGUUUUGAAAAUCAGAUGUGAGCACUUUCGUACCAUGUUCCAGUCGUACUGGAAUGAAGACAUGAAGGAAGUGAUAGAAAUAGACCACUUUUCCUACCCGGUGUAUCAUGCCUUUCUUGAGUACCUGUAUACAGACAGCAUUGAUCUGCCGCCUGAAGAUGCUAUAGGGCUCCUGGAUCUGGCUACGUCCUACUGUGAAAACAGGCUGAAAAAACUGUGUCAGCAUCUUAUCAAAAGAGGGAUCACCGUGGAGAAUGCCUUUUCGCUGCUGUCUGCAGCUGUCCGCUAUGAUGCAGAGGACUUAGAAGAAUUCUGCUUUAAGUUUUGUGUCAAUCAUUUGACAGAAGUCACCCAGACGGCAGCCUUUUGGCAGAUGGAUGGUUCUCUGCUAAAGGAAUUCAUUGCAAAAGCCAGUAAAUGUGGAGCCUUUAAGAACUGAGAGAGAGAGCUAUCUGGUUUGGGAUGAAACAUCUGUAACUGAUGCGGUGACUUCAUACAUUGGUGUACCGCCAUAGACCAAGACAUUUUCUAUGGCCUUGUAACAGCGAGGUUCGACACACGUCAGAUAAAAACCACUCUUCCUGUAGCUGUGAUUUGAGAGGAGCUCCAGCAAAAGCUCUCGACAUCGGCCGCUCCUGUUCUUUUGAACAAGCGUACCAUUGCAGAAGGAACUGGUGCGAGAUCUUCAGAGAUGUGACUUCUGGUGAUAGACGCCGAGUUUGCUUGACAUGGCCAAUUGUAACUGACUUCAGAUGAACUUCAUGGGACUUGUAUGCUUACUAGCUGCAGGGCAUCAGGCACAAGCAAGGUUCACCAGAUGGAAGUAUGAGGAAAGAACAAGAUUUUUUUUCCUCUUGUAUAAAAAUCACAACUGCCCCUACUUCCAGCUGCACUUGUGUGUUUGAAGGAAGCUUCCAUAAUGCAGCAGUGGAAAGGACUUGGACCACUUCCGUGACACUGUUUCCUAAUCUCAUUAGAAUGAGUUGCUUUGGACCUCCCUCCAGUAUAUAAUCAAAUUACGCAAGGGACGGGGGGUGGGUGGGAAUGGGAGCAAUCAUGGCUCUUAAUUUGGGAAGUUAAAAGUGUAAAAAAACAGGUUUCUGUAUUGAAAUUGUGUUUUGUAUUGAA